AUGAAUGUCUCUGGAUCAGGGAUGUUGAGCGUAUAUGAGCUUGAGGCCGCCUUGGAAGCGGCCGGAGCCAAAUGCCACGUCUCAGAAGCCUGGGUGAAAGAGACAUUCCAUCAGCUAGCCACGCUGAUUCAGGAUGCAGGCUUGAACAUCAAGUCGGUUUUCCCUCCCGGGCUUGUCGUGGAAAAGGAGUUUCGAGACGUCGCUCUCCGAUUUUUGACUCAGCUUCGUCCUUCUCAGCUGGACCGACUCUGGAAGUAUUUGCAGGCCACGUGUGCCGAUGACGCCGUGCAAGUCAGGCACGCUGGUGGCGACCGAGAUCGUUUGCCAUCCGACAGUGUCGUAGCGGUUGUUUUCGGGCCCACGCUGACGAGCAGUCCGAACGAGCUGUCAUCUCCUGGGCUUCAAGGUGCAGGAGGUGCAGGUUACUACGGCCCUGCCGGAGGUCGGACUGCCUCUGUGUUGGAGCAGUUGGUGCAGCAACUCGUCCGACGAGCCGGAGACGUCUCGCCGGACGUGUGCUUCGAUACCUUGAGCCCCUUCAUCACAGCAGAGCACUUCCAAGAGAUGUUGUCAACCAGGCUGGGAUUGUAUUACGAUCCCGUGAAGGCCAAGCAGGUGUUCAAGCUGUGCAGCCAGCGCGUACGCCUGUGGAAUGACCAAGACUUUCCCUGUACCUCCAUGACAGGCCUGAAAGAGAUUCCGUUUCACAAUGGAGCAAAGGACACGAGCAGCAAGUGCUGCAACUGCGGGGCAUCCGGUGCUGCCUUUAUCUGCAGUCGUUGCCACAAUGUGCGAUUUUGCUCGCCAGCAUGUCAGCGAAAAGCCUGGAAGGGACAUCGCGAGCACUGUGCAGAGAAGGGGCUUGAUGAAUGGGUGGUUGUCCUGCACACAGAUGCUCUGCCUGGCAACGAUGCUGGUACUGUGACUGCCGGCGCCGAAGUUGCAAAGAAAGCCUGCAGAGACAAUGACUUUGGAGGAAUGGUGGCCUGGAAUCGUGUUUUCUUCCUUCGCAGAGAACCUGUUGCCAAACUGGUAGCGGCAGCGCAUCAUGCACAGGGCACACAUCUUUGGCUUCCAGUGUGUUCAUUGCUAGAGAUGGACAAGGCGACACCGAAGCCUUUGCCAACUGCUUUGCCUGAAGUGGUCGUGGAAGGGGCGAAGCCAGUGCACAAAUGUGCGGGCCUCUCUGUGGCAGAAAUGGACGAGAACUUCCAUAACAGCACGCCAGUUGUCCUGACGGAUGCGCAGGACUCAUGGCCGGCACGGCAAAAGUGGACUUUCGAGUGGCUUGCGGAGCAGUACGGGGACGAGAUGAUGCCCUGCAGCGAUCUGGCACCAUUCUUUCGCCAUUGCGACCGUGGCAACAUUCGCACCGUGCAGGCCCCGCUUCGGGAAUUUGUGCGCUACGUUCAAGGUCGUCCCAAUAUUUUUGGACCGUUGCAAGCCCCUGACCGGGUUUUCUAUGCAAACGGUUGGACACCGUUUCUCGAUCACAAAGAUCUGCUUUCGGACGUAUCUGAUCGCUUGUACUGUGUCUCGGAUUCCAUACCAACCGGAGACGGCCCUGCCAAAGUCUUCAAUGCAAGUUUGACGAAGAUUUUCAUGGGUCCAGCCGGAACGGUUUCGCGUCUUCACCACGACACCUAUGCGACACACGUUUGGCUGUCUCAGAUUCGUGGCAGAAAGCAGUUUAUCUGCUAUCCACCUGGAGAGACACCUCUGUUGCACAGUCUGCCGGUUGACGAGGUGGAUGGACGUACAUCUCUCUUUGAUCCUUCAAAUCCAGACUACACAUGUUUUCCGGAUGCCCGCAGGGCACAAGCAUACAGUGUGGUAGUUGAAGAAGGAGAAACAGUCGUUCUACCAGCCCGCUGGUGGCACUGGGCCAAAAGUCUUACUCCUUCAAUUACAUUGAUGAGAAAUUUUGUGAAUCAUUCGAACAUUGAAGAUCACGUUGAGAUUCGGAAGCGUGCAGAGAAGGCAAGGUGGGACAUAGCUCGCGCAUCGGCACGUGGAAAAAAGUUCCGGCUCAUGUUCAAGGCCCUUGCUCCAGAUUCCCAUGCCUUGACCGCAAGGGAGUCUCUGGAGGAUGACCUCGAGAAAGAAGAGCAGCACCAGGUGCAGAGACUCCAGAACCGAGUCCUGCUGCUGCAACGAGAGGUGCAGGAACUGCGUGGACCUUCUGAGCGCGGCCACUUGGAACCCACGGUCCCCGAGAAGCAGUUUCAGCAGCUGAGCCAAGCCCACGGCAAGGUCGCCAACCACUUGCAGGCAUUGCGAGCUCAGCUGCAAGCCGUCAGGGCCUUCGGUGUGUCUGAUCAUGCCUCCACGGGACCCACCAUUCCACACGAUGUCAGGUACAGCCACGUUCUGCAGCACCACUUAACGGCGCACUGGACAUCCCACAAAAUGGAAGUGGAGUAUCGGACUCGAUACCUGCCCUUUGAAAUACGAGGGACUGGGGUGCUUGUCAAGGAAGACGAGCGCCACUUCCGCAUUGACAACAGCAAGCUGGGAGAGAGCGCUCAGGGAGUGUGUUACCGUCUCUCCAAAGAUGCCAGUGACAAAGAUUUCGAACACGUCGCAUUUUGGAACAGCAUCGUCGCUGGAAAAGACACUGGCGAUGGUUGGCUCCUGUGUGACCUUGAUAGUGAGAACCUGGAGCUGUUGGAUCAGCUGGACCGAGAAACUCCACUGGAGACGCUCAGCUCGAAGUUUUUCGCGAGUUCCAUGGUGUGUUGCUCCACAAACUCGAAUAUUGAUGGUCGAUGGAUCUCCAGUGUAUUCCCAGGCCAAAAAACUAUUCGCGGUUCUUUGGUGAAUGAUGGGGCUGUCACCCGCCCCCUGACUUGGGAUGGUCUGAAUGCUUUCUCAGUCACUGUCGCGGGAGAAAAGCGGAGAGCAAGGCUGGUAGAAGACCGGCUGCUGUGGCACGACGGGGAGCUUUGGACCCGUGAUCAUCGUGACAUGGACAUGGUGAAGCCGGCUGAGAAAUUGGGCAAGGACCUAGAGACAACCAACGCCAAGUUCCAGUGUGUUUGCCAAAAAGGCCUGAAACCUGGCAGCUCGAACCAAGAUGCAUGGAGCCUGUUGCGGGUAGAAAAUGAAUUUACCCUCUACACCGUCUGCGAUGGUCAUGGGCCACAUGGACACGAUGUGGCGAACUUUGUCAAGAGCAACUUGCCAAGACUCCUGAUCAAAGAUCAGCGUUUCACAGGCACCGGCAGCUUUGGCUGCAUGGGCCCCAUAUUUCUUGAUGCUUUUCGCCUCUGUCACAUGCUUAUCGACACUGCUGACUCCUGCGGCAAACUGGAUGCGCUUUGGUCCGGCACGACGGCGACGACCGUCCUGCAUAACCACCAGACUGGCCGGUUGCUGCUUGCACAUGCUGGGGACAGCAGUGCUGUUGUCGGAAGCCAAAGCGGCAAGGACUUUCGUGCUCGUCAACUUACCCGGGACCACAAGCCGUCUUUGUGUGAUGAGCGAGACCGGAUUGUGGCGUGGGGCGGCAGGAUCGAGUUCGACGGCUUUGCCGAUUACCGUGUCUAUGACAAGGAUGGCUAUGGUGCAGGUCUAAAUAUGACCAGAUCCUUGGGUGAUCUGAAUGCGCACUGUGAUUGUGGACUCAUUGCAGAUCCGGAACUUGGCGAAUAUGUGGUUGCUGCAGAAGAUCAAGUCCUCCUGCUUUGCAGUGAUGGAAUCUGGGAGUUCGUGAGUCCACAGGAGGCUGUGGAAUUGGUGCUGAAGCAGAGCGACGCCGCCUCUGCCACGGCUCUUGUUCAUGAGGCACGUAGUCGAUGGUUAGAGCGCGCUGACUACGUCGAUGACAUCGUUGCCCUUGUCGUGUAUUUGAGUGCGGGCGGAGGCUGGACCUUUGGCUCAACUUUGAAACAGAGCGCCACGCAGCGCCAGGACUUGGAUCCAGUCUGGACCUGGGAGGGGCAGAUGCGGAGACUGCGUUUGCUGGACGAAACCGCACGCAAACGGGGCGUAUCCUUGAUGUCAGAUGAGGAGCCUGAUUCGGAUGAAGCUCAGACCCCAGUGAAGAAGCCAGAGGUUCUCCUCUGCGAGCAGUUGCUUGUGUCGGAAAGGAAGGCUGUUGAGGAUCUCCCGGUGCCAACAGUGGAGGAGUUGUACGGUCACGUGCAGUUGAUCCUUGCAAAACUGCAGAAGGCAUCGUUGCGCCCCAGGCUCUCAAAGCAUUUCAUAGAUUUGGGGAAAAACGGAAAGCACGAGUUUGACGUUGGGCAGGAGUUGCUAAAGAAGAGCGGAGAUGUGGCCGCAGCCCUCGGAGGGUCGCUGGCAUCCCUCUUCUUUCGUGCUGCCGAGGAGCUCUUUCCGGGGGGCCUUGAGACUUCCCCUCUUCCCACCUUGGUCUGUCCGGAGCUCGAUUUCCCGGCACAGAUCGAUCCUCGCUCCCUCUGCCUGGGCAUCCUCCUCGGCCUUUUCUUGGGGCCCCUCAUCGAUCUCCUUUCCGGGCUUUGCACCGGCUCGUGGAGAACCGCCUCGGCCCGUCGCCGACCACUUUGGGUGACUUUCUGGGUGCCGACCCUGAGCUUCCCUCCGCUUCCACGGCAUACCGCCCUGCCCAGCCUGUUGUGCCUUCACCUGUUCCCAGCCCGCAGCGUGCUGUCGAAAUUGCUUCUGCUUUGUCGGCCACCGCGCCUGGUCAACUGUCUGAGGCCGAACGCCGGGCCCUCGCUGCACGGUGUCUGCUACAACCCUCCUCUCCUGUUCCGCUCCUUCGGUGCUGCAAAAGCUUUGGACCACCUGUGGAAAGGCAUGACUGAGGCAGGCGAGUCCUCAGAUGAAGCAGAGAGACCUCUGGAGCUCCAUUUUGUCGUGGCCGGGUCUUCUCUUAACUAUGACUAUGAGCUAGGGGUGCUUGCCGUUGGAGACGGCGCCUCCCGACGCACCAUUUCUUCGAUUCUCGUGGCGCCCUUUGAAGAGCGCGUCCUCGCUAUUUUUCCUCACCAGGCCUGGGACAAAAAGCCAAAUAAAAGAAAACUCCCGGCCGGCCCUUUCACAAAGCCAAUUCUUGUCGAAGUGGCUUGCGCGUCCUCCCUGGACCGCGCCAGUGUUUCUGAAGACGGUGCCAGAGUCAAAGUCUGGUUUGGCAUGCUGGCUCGCAAUGUUGCUGAGCAGAUUGUGUUUGAUUCCGGUGAGGUCCCAGACAUCACUUUCGGGCCUCAUGACGGCCCCCUGCUGCCUUUCGCCCCGGCCCUUGUGGAGCUUGCGGAAAGCCAGUUCGGCUACCAGUCUGCUUUGAGUUCUGGUCCUCCGCUCCCGGCUGACCCUUUCGAAGCCCGCUUCCGAGCGCUUGAGGCCACCAUUGGGCAGCUCAGUGCCAGCGUGCAGCAACUUGUUGCAAAGGAGCCGCCCGCGAAGGCCGCCACAGGUGCCCGAGCAAAGACAGGUCCGAAGGCUAAGGCUGCUCAACCACGGCAGGCCCCUCAAGGUGGUGUUGGGUCGAUCCCUGGCACGCCUCCCCCGCCGGGCCGCGCAAAAGAAGUCCCCGGACUUGAUCCUGCAGUCGUCAAGGCCGCGCUUGACUCAGGUGUUGCGCCGGCCGAGCUGCGAGAGUUGAGCAGCCUCAUGCAGAAGGGCCGCUCUGCCUUGGGAGAUUUCCCAGCUGCCGCUGCCGGUACAGGUCCUGACGCUGCCCUGGGAGACGGCUCCGACUUUGGGGGCAGCCAGGAUUCAGGUGCCGCUCUCCUUGACGAAGCGCCCGGCGAUCGUGCGCAAAGUCUGGAAGCCGCUUUGGACCUGGCAGAAGGGUCCGCUCCCUCCGACGGGUAUGGAACUGCGGGGGCCUCCCGCUCGAAGGGCGCUGCUUACCGGCUCCUGCGUGAAAGCCUCACUAAGGCCCCUGAGCUCAUACAUCAAGAGAUUGAGCGCCUGCUUGAUGAGGAUCUCUUGUCGCGGCGGGCCGUUGGCUCGCUCAGUGCUGCCCAGAGUUCCGCUAGAGCUUGGGUCGAGUUCAGGAGCCGGGUUGGAUACUACCCGACCACCAUCCGCAUGAUGUGGAGCCUGGCCGGCAUCCUUGACGCCCUUAGGGACGACAGGCCUGCGGAAGCCCGCGCCCGCACCUGCCUAGCACUGGCUGCCUUGGACCAGGCAUGCAUCGACUCUGGCUCGUGGGCCUAUGCGCAGGAAAUCACCCUUGAGAGCCCUCCGCCGUUGGGUUCUUUCCAGGGUCGCAAAGUCCUGUUCGACCCGCUCGAAAGCUACCACACUCGCCUGUUGAGCGGCCGGUGGUCCGACCUUCUUCUCCACCGUGUCAAGGAACUUGAGAGCUUCUUGGAUGCAAAACGCAAGCUGGGGAGGAGCCGCGGCGGUGAACCCAGCAACAAGGGCGGCGGUGAUGAUGAUGCUGCCGAUGGUGGCGGCCGUGGGAGAGGCCGUUUGUGGCUGCCGUCGCCGGGCCGAGCGAUGCCUUUGCCUGAGACGUCGGCCCCAGCCUUCCAUGCAUGCACUUUUGCGAAUUCUUUGACAGAGCUCCUGGCUGACGGGCCGCCGCCACAGCUACUGCCACUUGCGACCCCGUCGCUCUUCAGCUCACUGCCCGCCUUCUUGACAGACUCCUGGCUCUUCCGCUGCACCGGGUCGGCCGUGGCCCUGCCUGCUCUCCCUUUGCUCUGCGUGGGCCUCGGCUCCCCGCCGCCCGUCUGGGUUGAAAAGAUCGAAGAGCAGCUCUCUGCCUUGCAAGCCGCUUCUGAGAAAGCCUCCGUUGCCCUGCCGAGCCUUGCUCCCGCAAAGGACAUUGAGGCCAACCGCCUUUCUUUUCCCGAAGCCCCGGCAUUCGACCCGUGCCCCUUCUUGGACGAUCAGCUUCGAGCCCUGUACGUGGACCCAAGCGCUUCGAGCCGGGAUUUCGCCGACCUCCCCUUCGACCCCCCUAGGGUAAGGUUUAGGUCCCGAAAUAAGCAAGCCCGGUUGGAGCUGCUAGCUCUGCUCGAUGCCUCCGACCGGUUGGCCCUGUUUCCGGCCGACGGCACUUCCAUGGCCGGCUGCUGCGGCUUGUUUGCUGUGCCAAAGGACGCCACGCGAGACCGGCUCAUAGUUGAUGCCAGGCCGUCUAACAUGGUGCAAAUCGGGGACAGCCGGUGGCUCGCUCUUAUGCCAACCGCCGCCGCCCUGCUGUCUUUGGAGCUCCGUAACGGUGAAGCUUUUUGGGCCUCGGGCACCGACUUGAAGGAUUUUUAUCAUAAUUUCCUAAUUUCGGAAAGCAGGAGCCGACUGUACCGCUUCGUUGGCACUUUUGCCCCUCACGAGCUAGCCUCCUUGAAGUGCUUCCGCCCGGAACUUUGGAGGUGCAAGCAGGUCUCCGCGGCUCUCUUCACAAUGGCUAUGGGGGACCUCAACUCUGUGAGCUUCGGCCAGGCCAGUCACCUUGGCCUUUUGCUGGCUCGGGGCGUUGCACCUUUCGAGGCUCUCCUCUCCCUACGGGGCCGGCCCUGCCGAGGCGAUCUGUGCCUAGGGGUGGUCAUUGAUGACUUCAUUGUGUUGGAGCGUGCUUUGCUUAGCACCGGCCCCUCUGAGUCGGGCCCUCUCAUGGACCGCGCCUUUGAGGCUUACGCAGCGGCACCCCUGCCCGUCCACAAAGGGCUCCCGGUGCUGACCGUCAGCCUCUUGGAAGUGCUCGCCGGGUCGUGGGUCUCUGUCCUGGCCGACCGCCGCCGGUGCCUGUCUCUCCUGAACUGGGUCUACUUCUUGCAACGGGACCGCGCUCGGAAUGCUGUGGUGCGCGUCCCUCCGGAGCUUAAGGUGGAACUCUUCACCUUGUGUGUGGUCGCCCCCUUCCUGGUGAGCGACAUGCGUGCCUCUUCCAGCGGUCUUUUAGCAGCCACCGACGCUUCCGACUACCGAGGUGCCGGCGUCAUCACCCAAGUCGGGCCAGCCUGGGGCCGUGAACUGCAGAGGCACAGUUUGGUGAAAGGGCUGUGGAACCGCUUGCUCAGACCUAGUGAGGCCAUGCUCCGUCGAGCGGGCCAACUUGCAUACCAAGACGAACUGCCUGGGGAAGCCUACCGUACCCAUGCGCUUUGGACCCUUCUUGCUCGGGCCCUUCCUUUCAAAUUGUUCGCCUCCUUCCGGAGGAAAGCGGGGCUGCACAUAAACUUGAAAGAAGCCGAGAGCUAUCUCCUCGUCGAGGAAAAGCUCGGGGCGGGCCCGUGGGAAAACGCGAGGACAAUAGGUCUGCUCGACUCGCAAGUGGUGCUGGGCGCUUUGCUGAAGGGGAGGUCGAGCUCCGUGGCACUUAACGUGCGCUUGCAAGCCUCCCUUCCGGGCUACAUUUUCUUCAAUUUGCAUCCUUCUUUUGCCUUCGUCGCCUCUGAGGACAACCCCAGCGACGAUGAUACUCGCUGCAGACAGACUCGCUCGGCUAGCGUGCCCACGCCAGCUUGGUACGAAGCCGGCGCUUCCGGCGACUUUCGCCUCUUCGACCUCUUCCUCUCCGGCCUGGACCUGCUGCCCGAACAGAUGCAAGGCUUGCCUCAGCUCCUGUCCAGCUUCCGGAACCGAUGUGGAUUACCGUUGCCUUCCCAAGUGCCGCGUCGAGAUCCCUCCGCGGUCUUAGCCUUUGAUCACGCUUGCGACUUUUCCACCCCUCCUGUUCCGGAUGUUGGCCCUGCUUCUGCGAGCCUUGCUGCAUUUUUCUUCACCUGCUCGGCUUGCCAGUUCCUUUGGCCCGACCGCCUUCGCCAACCUGCUUCCGUUCGUCCUGCGGUGCCCGUGUACCUGUGCCUUUUCGCUGGUACCCGCAAUGUUGCUAAGGCUUGGGUCGAAGUGUCAGGGCAGCCUGCGCUGACUUAUGACUGGUUGGGCGGCGCGUCCCAAGACCUUUUGGAUUGCGAGCUGCAGGCUAGGUUGCUUGACGGCCUCCGGGCCGGCUGCUUCUCAGCUGUGGGCCUGUCUCCUCCGGGUGCCACCUUUUCUGUUGCCAGGGCUCCACGGGUUCGGUCUGCCGACGAACCUUGCGGGCUCACCGGGCUCAGCGCCCUAAACCAGGCCAAAGUGGACUUUGAGAAUCGUGCGGCCGACUUCGUUUUCUCCUUUGCGGGUCUCUGCCUGGAUUUGGGCGUGCCCUUCUGGGUUGACGGCCCCGCCACCUCCCUCCUCUGGCUUUACCCUGCUGCCCAGGCGCUCCUUCUUCGCUGCCCUCGGCCUUGCUUCUGGACUUUUGACCGCUGCCGUUUUUCCGAGCCAUGGCUAAAGCGCACGCGCGUGCUCACCACUGCUGACCUUCGUGGCUGUGACACCCUCUGCUUGGGAGGCCACCAACACUGGCACGCGCGCGGCCGGAGCGGCCCUGGUCUGGGAUCCUCUUCGAAAGCUGCCGAGGCCUUUCCAAAGAAAGCUGCCCUGGAGCUGGCCGAGAGCUUACUGCGAGCUUCUGGAGGGCCGCGUUCCUCCUUACAGGACGCCGCGUUCACCGGGACACGGCGCAUAGGGGAAGCUCAGAACCCCGGGCCUCGCAAACCACGGCAGGCUCGCGAAGGAUCUUUGUUCGACGUCGAACUCAUCGAGCAGGUCACGCUGAGGCUGAGGGAGCAGAUCUGGAACGUUUUUCUUCGGUGGCUGAGGGAGAGUGUCACGGAGCAAGCUGUCAUUAGCUUGUUUCGCUGCCCUCCCCUCUUGAGCUUGUUGUUGCGGGACUAUGGGGACGUUCUUUACAAGACAGGAUACCCUUUGGGAUCGUACCGGCAACUACUUGCGCACGCUCAGAAGAUUUUCCCUUUGGUGCGACCUCAUAUGAGCGUCGCGUGGAACAUGGUUACGAGAUGGGAAGAACUCCAACCGGUGUCGCAUCGCACGCCGGUCCCUGAAGCUCUUCUCCGGGCGCUCGUGGGAUUGGCUUUCGCGAUGGGCCAUCAUAAAAGAUCUUGCAGCCUGGCCUUUCCGCAGAGUCCAGUCGGCAAAGCGGUUAUCCUCGCGGACAGCUCCGUUGUUCCCUCCUUCUCUAGUGUCUCGUUCCGGAAAUGGACGGCAAAGCUGCAGAUGGCCAACAUUCGGACGGACAUGUAUGCGGGCGGUGAUAGAUGGAAGAUGGAAGGUAAAGUCUAUCCUCAGCUACUCGAAGAGGUCAUUGUCAAGAUGAGCCAGACGUUGGAAGCAAGCCUUCAACUGGCACAUGUGGACUAUGUCCUUCGCAUGCUCUCGAAUGUGCCGAUUGUUCCACAGGUCCAGUACUGCUCGAGUCCCUCGUCAUCCCUGCCCUUCCUAGUGAUGGAACUUCUGCAGGGCUCUACGCUGGAUGUCCGCUUCCAGGAGACCGAGGCGAUGCUGGAGUUGGAAGCAGCGGAGAUUGGACACGCACUUCUCAUGGGUAAGGCUGCCAUGAUGUUGAUGUUCGAUGCAGUGAAUACUGUUCGGACAACGCCUGGGUUGGGCCACCGCUUGAAGGCUCUCGAGUCCGAAUUCUGGCGCGGCCUCAAGCUGCUGGCUGCUCGAAUUCCGCCUGGAGUGUUCUCGAGCUCGGAUCCUGUAGGAUUGGAGCAUCAGCGAGACCGGUCCAUGGAACAGUUGUACCAGACAAUCAGGUCCUUCGAAAGGGCGGGCAGUCCACCAACUAUUUCGCAAAGUUGGUUUCAGGAGUCCAUCGGCAGCGUCGUCAAAGUCGAGGGUCGCACGGUUCACUGGUUUCAGAAGGGAGACGGCUUCGUGCAGACUAGCCAGCCGGUCACUGUCACACCAUUGGGUCAGCUGUUCGAGGUCGAAGUUAUCAAAGCCGUGAACCUCGGCCGGAAACUUGAUUGCGAGCUGGGCUUCUGCAUCGGCCUUUGCUCCAAACCCCCGCGUGCCAGCGAUAAGGCAAAGACGGAGAGACAGGACUGUUGGAUUGCUGGCGGUGACACCUCAUUCUAUUUGAAAGGGGUGCAACGGCGUGUUGGCAAAUCAUCGGCGGAUGGACAGCAAAAGUAUCUGCACAUUGGCAGUGACCUCCAUGCAACGGACAGGGUGGCAAUACUGGCAGAGUGGUCUGGUGCUUUGUCGCUCUUCGUGAAUGGUGAGCAGGUCGGUCGUUACAGCAACGCCAUCGACCACUCGGAGGUGGUGCUGCCCCUCUAUGGAGUUGCAGACAUUUUCGUGCGAGAGGCCAGUGAGGAAUACACAGUGCGUUCCAUUGGCCUGAUCGGCGAUGAGAGUGAAGAUGGCUGGACUGUCCAGAAGGAGCGAAUGGAGCGCGCCGCCGUCGAGCUGGCUGGAAUUCAUCAGCUCCUGCAUGGGGAGGCAGCAGUGGCUACGACGAUUGGGCCGUCGUGCGAUUUGUAUGCAUGUGGUCGCAUACUUCUGAGCCUGUUCCGCGGUGGGCGGGAAGUGCUGCCAUCAUCAAAUCUGGACAGGUUCGCGGUGGCCUACGCGAACUGGGCACAAGCUGGGUGUCCACCGACAGAAAAGAGAUACGGUCUACUUUGGGCACUCAAGGAGCUUAAGGGCGAAAAAACGGAGCGCAGUGAGGACCUAGCUCAGGUGGAGAAGACUGAGGUUAGACUUGUCGUGUCUCGCUGCAUAAAGCGCUCCAGGUACUCUCGCCUCGGCAGUUGCUGGGAAGCCGCGGAGAUGUUGGCCUCUGCCUCUUCGUGGCUGAGCAUGUCCGACGACUUCAUGAAGUCCCAUUUGGAUGCUGUCCAGCAGGCAAAGCGGUCCGGUCUGCUGGAUACACACUACUCGCUUGCCCAAGAGCUCUACGAGCAGGAGAGGAAACUGUCAGGGGAGAGUCUUCUCAAUCGGGCAACACAGACUGCAAUGCGAGCAGCCCAGCACCGGGCAGAAGGUCGCUCCGUAUCUGCCCGUUGGAACUUGCGCCCCUACACCAUCGGUCCAGCACACAUCCAGCGAAUCCUCCAGGUCUGUGCCGAAGACAUCUUUCGUCAAGAGAUGUGUUGUUGCCUGACACGACGUCCCCGCAUGAUUGUGCAUGUUUGGCUCUGUAGUGACCAGUUGUGUUGUGUAGUGGUCAGAACAUGCACGCAGAAUGCGGCGUGUGCCGCUGGCAGCAUAUGCAGCCAUGUAGUGCACAGCCAACCAAUUUACACUCACUCUCAGCCACAGCUGCCAUACCGUUGGAUAGGACCAAAGCUGAGCAAGCGUGCCUGCACCGUCGCGAGAUGGCAGAGCUGCGUUGUCGACGGGUACCUGAGGGCAAAAACCAGUGUUUCCUCAUGA